CGCCUUCUUGUCGUUCUCAAAGACUGUAAAACUGGAGUCCAAUCUCCAUCAUCUUACAGGAAGCUGAGUACUUCCUUCUUGGUUCAAGACCUUGAACCCUGAAUUCAUAAAGACGCUAAAAGCACCAGAAGCAAAGCCCUUGUGGACGAAAUCCCUUGGAAGCUGAGAGAAGUCACCAUGGAGAAUUCAUCCACCACAGAGGACUAUAUAACCACCGAAUAUGACUAUGGGGACACAGCCCCAUGCCAGAAGGUGGAUGUGAGGGCCUUUUCGGCACAACUGCUGCCACCGUUGUACUCUCUGGUGUUUAUCAUUGGCUUGGUUGGUAAUGUCCUGGUGGUCCUGGUCCUCAUGCAGUACAAGAGGCUUCGAAGCAUGACCAGCAUCUAUCUCCUCAACCUGGCUGCUUCUGACCUGGUCUUCCUCUUCACGCUGCCCUUCUGGAUUGAUUACAAGUUGAAGGACAACUGGGUUUUUGGGAAUGGCAUGUGUAAGCUGCUCUCUGGGCUUUAUUAUGUAGGGUUGUACAGUGAAAUCUUUUUCAUCAUUCUGUUGACAAUCGACAGGUACCUGGCCAUUGUCCAUGCUGUGUUUGCCUUGAGGGCCCGGACUGUCACCUUUGGCAUCAUCACCAGUAGCAUCACUUGGGCUGUGUCCAUCUUGGCUUCCAUUCCUGGCUUGUACUUUUCCAAGACCCAGAAGGAGUUCACUCACUACACCUGUAGCACUCAUUUCCCUCUUGAAAGCAUGACAGACUGGAAACGGUUCCAGGCUCUGAAACUGAACAUUUUAGGAUUGAUUUUACCUCUUAUUGUCAUGAUUGUCUGCUACACAGGGAUCAUUAAUAUUCUGCUCAAACGACCCAAUGAGAAGAAAGUCAAAGCCGUCCGUCUGAUUUUUGUUAUUAUGCUUAUCUUCUUCCUCUUUUGGACACCCUAUAAUCUGUGUAUACUUGUUGCUGCUUUCCAAAACCUCCUGUUCACUGAUCCGUGUGAACAGAGCAAACAGCUAGACAUGGCCAUCCAGGUGACGGAGGUCAUUGCCUACACUCACUGCUGUGCCAACCCAAUCAUCUAUGUCUUCGUAGGUGAGCGAUUCCGGAAAUACCUCCGCCAGUUGUUCCAAAGGCACGUGGCUAUGUGGCUGCCCUUCCUCUCCAUGGACAGACUGGAGAGGGUCAGCUCUAUGUCCCCAUCCACAGGAGAGCAGGAACUCUCUGCUGGGUUCUGACUAAGACCACUGGAGGCUGACCAAGGUCCCUGUGGGAGUGACAAGCCACUCACACUACCAGGUAAGGAAUGGACACAGUGUGGCUCUCCCCACUGGAUUCUGACACCUGGCACAGCAUGAAAUCAUAGCCACUUAGGGUCAGAAGUUUAAAGGUGGCCUAAACCAAGUCACGUCUGGGUCUUCAGUCUUUUUCCUGGACUUCUCCCUGGUAGAAAGGACUGAAGUGGGAUGUUCCAGAAAUUAAGAUAGUGGGUGUCAGGGGAGGGCUUGGACCCACACAGGAUGUUGAUCUGUGAAUAUUAGCAUUUGCAAACUAAGCCACUGUGGCAAACCCCAACACUCCCACCAAUGAACUGAGAAACAGCGAUUUCUUCAGCCGACUCCACUCAUGGAGCCUCCCCUACUCUGCUGCCUCGGCAGGAUCUGGACUCUUGGAAACUCUGGGGAACAUAGAGCUCAGGGUGGAUGAACUUGACACUGAGAAAUAGGAUUUGGGAACUGCUAUAAGCAGUGGAAUAAGAAAGCCCUUAGAAUUUUGUUUUGUUUUGACAGUGCUGGAAUUUGAACUCAGGACCUGACACUUGAACCAUACCUCUAGUCCUUCUUUGCGUUAGGCUGUUUUUCAGUUGGGGUCUUUCUUUUUGCCUGGAAAGGCCUAGAUUGCAAUCUUCCUACUUACACUUUCCUC